AUUUUGUGAUGCUCUUUCAAGCUGUGAUGAAAUUUUUGUCUAGAUCAAAAUUUAGUCUGUAAUGCAAAUGGUCCAUUGUAUUAAGGUAUCAUCAUUAACCAAGAUUUCUUGAAUGUCAGUAGAUUUUCAACGUUAAGAUUGUUCCUUUAAAAAAAAUUAAAAAUAAAAUAAAUUGAAAAAAUACAAUUCACUCCUUGCACGACCCACGCGAAAUCCACGCAGAACUCGCAAUUUCCACGCGACUUAUUGUUUCGGAUUUCCGGCAUUUUCUUCGCGAAAAUGUUGUCCCGUAAUUUUCUUCGCCAGUGUGUUGCAGAAUUGACAAAGGAACAAAAGCUACGUGGCGUUCUGGAGAGAUUUUUGUGCAAAAUUUAGGCAAAAUCUGGCCACAAAAUGGCUUUGAAACUUUGUGGUAGUUCAAUUUUAUAUGUAAUAGCUGUACUGUGUUUAUGUCCUCGCAUUUCGUGGUCGUUUUUUACGAGUAUUGAGCCGUACGAGGAACAGUGCUACCACGAAAACGUAAAAAAAGGUCAGGUUUGGGGAUUUUUAUAUGAAGUUUCUGAAGGAGGCUUUCUUGAUAUUGAUGCAAAGGUUAGUUGGAGCUUAUUGUACUGGGGAGAGUUUAGAUGUGAUUUGUAGUUUGUGCAGUAAGCCAGCAACCCAUCUAUAACUAGUUACAUACUAUAAAGUGUACAUUCCAAGUUUUUAUGCAUGAGUAGUGACAAAUUGAUGACUAGUCCUUACUAACUGUCAAUCAUAGUGGUAUUGAUUGUACAACCUGAUUGGACGAUAAGGGCCUAGUAAAAGACGAUUCCCUAUCGUAAAGUGUUUACAUGUAAUACUACAAGAGGAAACCUAAACUAUUAAACUUUAUUUAUACAUUUAACUAUUUCUGGGGGGAGGGUGUAAAUUUCUCUAGGUGGGAUUGAACAUUUUUCUGAGCGGUUGCAAGGUGUGCACCCCCCUACACUCUCCCAGAAAAUCUGUCUAUGCCAUAGUCCACCUGUUGGCGGAAUCAAAUUGAAAGCACCAUUCUAUCAUUUGAUUCAGAAUAAACUUCAUAUAGGAUCAUUCCAGAAAAGAUUCACACAUCUGCUUUGGAGGAAAUUUCUGCCAUCCGGAAGCGGGAAUGUGCUUCCGGUUACAGAAGAAUGUACUAGGAUGUAGGGGGUUAACUUCAGUUCUCUCUUUGGGAGAUGUCUGGAUUUUUGUGGGAUGACCCAUUACAGCUAGGAAUCUAACUUCAGUCAUAGAGGUGCAAUGCUUAGAAAACAAGAUUGCAAAUGACAAUCACAUGUCUUAUAGAACAAUUAAUAGUCUCUAAUUUUUUUAUCAAAAAUUACAUUCUAUCAGCUUACAACUCCUGAUGGGCAACUCAUGUAUAACGAAGAAAAGAAGACAGAUGACUCAUAUUUCUUUACAGCCGAACACGAUGGCAAAUAUGUGUUCUGUCUAGCAAAUCAGAAGUCGUCAUUAGUUCCAAAGUUAGUUUAUUUCAUGUUUGACUUUUUAAAUGACGAAAAACGAUAUCAAGAAAAUGACGAAGGCCACAAUAAGACGGGUACGUGUAAAGGCUGUAUUCCACUAGGCAGAAUUUUCUGCACGAAGUGAAAGUUUUCUUUGUCUUGUGAUUACUCGGGUGGGACUAAUCAGAAAAGACAAAGAGAAAUUCUGCUCCGCAUGGAAAAUUCCGCCUAGUGGAAAACAGCCUUAAUUAAAGUUGGUGCAUAAAGUGUGAAAAAAUUGAGGAAGUGUAAGAAAUUUGAUGCAUAGUUUUCCGUUAGUAUCAGGCAGGGUUUGUGAUUUGCAGUAUCCUAGUAUCCUGACGAUACCAGUUUGAAAUUUUGGAUACCAGAUGUCGAAACCUUGGUAUCCCAUUUGGAUACCCAAGAGGUUCAUUCCUGAGCCACUUUCAUUUCCACCUGUUUAAUUAAGACAAAAACAAACAUCCAUUAAUUGUUCUGACAUUGUUGCUAAUUUAACAUUGAACUCUGUCAUUACUAGGAAACCUCAUACUUUAGGAAAGUUUUGAGAUCAUAACUAAAUAAUAUAAAGACUGAAAGCAUGUUUUGAUGUUUUCCUAUUUUGAGAAUUUCGAAACCAGAUUUUCAGUUUGAAUACCACGUUGAGAAAUGCUGGUAUCCAAAAUGGAUUCCACAAAAAAUUCAAAUCUCAAACCCUGGAUUAGGAUGUGUUGGAAACAGGGUCUUAGCCAGAAUUUGCAACUUGGGUGUCCAAAUUUGAAAUUUCAUUUAUGACACCCAUAUUUUGCCAUAUGGAACCAUGGCACCACUUCAUGCACCAGUAAUUCAAUGUGAUUAUUUUCGAAUGCUGGGAGUAAUCGGUGACCGCACUUGAGAAUCGCUCAAAAAACAAAUAAUAUAUUCAAUUAUUCAGACUAUGUGACUACUCACUACACUGACUACAGUAGUACAAUUUAAUAUUAUUGUUGUCACUUUUAUGCUAUAAAUACAGUACUUGUAGCUUUGAUAAGCUAUAGUGUGAGUGAAGAGAACACAACCAAAAAAAACAAAAAGCAACUAAUUAUCUUAUAUAGUUAUAUUCUACGGUUUUUGGCAGCUAGGCCUAUUCUACGGUUUUUGGCAGCUAGACCUAGGUCGUCCAAAAGCCGUCUUUUUUAGAAGGCCGUCCAAAUUUGAAAAUGGCCGUCCAAAAGACGGCUGGACGGUAGGCUGGCUAAGACCCUGGUUGGAAAGUGGCACGUCAUCCUUAUUUUGGGAUUUAUUUCUUGGUCCUAGCUUCAGAAGUAGACAAAGUGGUUGGCGAACUGAGCAUUGAAUUAUUGAAGUUAAGACGUACUCAAGUUAAACAGAAUGUCAGGAUGGAGACUCAUUUCAAAAGUAAGUUGAUCUUGUUGUUUUUCAUGUUAUAGUGUCUGAACUAGAGAAGUUGAUUGGGGAACUAAGUAUUGGGAUGAUUAAAACUAAACGUAAACAAGAACAAUACGAAGUGAGAAUGGAAGCUCAUCAUAACAGUAAGUAGUAAUGUCAAAAUCAAUCCUAAAUUAUUGUAAUUGAUUCAAUUAAUUAAAAACCUCCGAUUAUAUAGGCCUGGGCCGAUUGUUCAAAGCUGGAUUAACGCCAUUAAGUUUUUCGGUACCUAGGAUUAAGGCCCUUAUUAUAUGUAGACAAGUUACCCGGCUACGCGAGUUGAAAAGCGCAUAAGAUCAAAGGCUUGGGCUAAUUAGUCUUUCAUUAUAUUCAGUUUUCAACUCGCGUAGCUGGGUAACUCGGCUCCGUAUAAUCAGCCCCUAAGCCAACCAGCUUUCGAACAACUUUCCCCUUAGGUUUAUAUUUCACCUAUAAUUUAUGUUUAUAAAUUUAUUGAUAUAAAAUUGAUAUGUUACAUAUUAAUGAAUAAAAUUAAUUUGGAUAUUUUUUAAACCAGUUUAUAUCCACAUUUAAAUAUAAUGAUUUUGUGCCCUUCAUCUCCAUUUAUUUCUAAUUCUUGCAAUCCUAAGGCUGAUCUAAACCUUAUGUUAAGCUUGAUGUUAAUUUUUAUGCUAAUCCAAAUCUUAAUACUAAUCCUAACCUAAACCGGACACUUAUCCUAAUCUAAUCCUAACACUAAACUUACUUUUACAAUCUCGACUUGUAAAACACGUUUAGAAUUUUUGAACAACAAAUAAAUUAUAUGGCAAAAAUUUCCUGCAAGGUGUAAGAAAGUUUCUUGCAAAGAUAUUCUCGAAAAAUUUUGUGCUGAAAAGGGUAGAUCUGAAAGGGGGUAGGGGGACCCAUACCCCUCCGCAGGGGUGUGUGGAUGUUUUCUGGAAUGACCCAACCUUCAAAACCCCAAGGCUAAUUUUAAUUAAGAUUGAAACAUUCUGAUUUUCUUCCUUUCUUUAUUUAGUCAAUUUACACACAAACCAGAUUGUCAGUUGGUGGUCAUUCUUUGAAUUCGUUCUCAUCAUUGGCAUGGCAUUAGGACAGGUUUACUACAUCAAGAGAUUCUUUGAAGUCAGAAGAGUUAUUUAGAAAAUAAUAAAGUUGAGGAAGUUAUGCAGGAAAAGUUUUGCAAAAUGCCAGCACGAUUCUUGUGGUUACAAAUGGAAUUUACGUUUAAUACUUUGUCAAAGUGGCAUGUUGAAUGCUUUAAUUUAUGACCUUGAAGAACCAUGUAUUUAACUAAAAAUUCUAAUUUGCCAAUUUCGUUUUACUCCACCUGCAUUUACAGUAUAACUCAUACUUAUAUCGAUUGCCACCCAGUUCACAUAAGAUGACUCACAUGCCUAGUUACAAGCAAUUAAAGAUGAUGUCCACUCCGUUCUGUGCAUCAGUUCUUAGAGCUGCUCCCAUCGGUUAAUUUUCGUAAUCGAUUAAUCGUUGUCAACAAUCGAUUAAUCGCAUUGAUAAUUAAUUUAAAUAUGACAAUUAAUUUAAAUAUGAGAAACCCAUGACAUGGUUUGACAGGUUUGUAAAUUGUAAUUAAACUUUUUACUAAAUUUUUUUUGGGGGGGUUCACCAGUCAGUAUAAACGUUUUAGAUCUGCGUUUAAAAUGAACAUUAAUCACAAUUAUAGAUUGCGCACGUUCUCGCCCUCUUACGCAUGAAAAGACAGGACGGAUAUUAAGGAUGUUUACUUUAGUUGUUUACCUUUGACACUCAUAAGUAAAUUUGCGAGACUCAUACUCUUACGGAUAAUUGGUAAUUGGUUUAUGUCCGCACGCCACAACGUUGGACGCAAAUAGUAAUAAAUUCUUCUGAUAAAAAAACUUUAACGAUAUUUUUGCAGCACUGGUAACCCGAUCAGACUAUGGUAAGCUUUGCACGCUGCUAAUUGCUAUUUGAUCCACAAUGUUUUGAAUCAAUUUGUCAUUUAAUGUUUCAAUCACAAUCUUGUUGCAAUUUUUUCAAUCCGGAAAGAAAUUAACUCAUUCCCGCAUCACGCUGUGUGGUGGUGUUAUAGAUGAUCCGAUUACUGUUAAGUAUAAUCGAUUGUGGAAAAAUAAUCGAUUGAUCGAUUAAUCGGGAGCAGCUCUAUCAGUUCUACUCAUAACAAAGGGGGACCCCCAGAUAUAAACAUUGCCCAAAUUUUGCAUCUCUCUAACUUUUUGGAAUUGAAACGUACAGUUUAUGUACUAUUUACAAGUACAGCGAACCGGAAAAGUUCGUGCAUGUGCACAGGAGUGGACAUCAUCUUUAAAUAUAUGCAAUUGAGUGAAUUGAGUGGCAACUGAUCAUAAAAUACAUUAUGGUAGGGUACUAUAAUUGCAGGAUCAUUCAUACUUUGGGAAAGUUAAUACAAAGAUGCAUUCACAAUUUCAACAAAUUUUUAUGUGUGAUAUUGCUAUAAUUUGUAUGAAGCUUUUGCUGUCUUAAAUCUAAGGUGUAGAUAUAAAUUUCAUAAAGGUUUUUUCCGCUAGAAAUAGUGUUAUCUGUGCAGAAAACAUAAUUAAGAAAUAGCAUAGUAGAAGAAUUGUUUAUAGAAGCUAUUAAAUAACACAUUUUCAUUUGUCUCUUUUAUUCUGUUACUCAACUGACUGCAAAUGUGGCACAUACAGUCUUGACAAAAGAGUUGCAAAAUCUGCAUGCGCAACUAUAAGAA